AUGGCAACCCAAUUGAUAGCCGAAUUUACAUUAUACGUUAUUACGAGUUUACAUUAUAUCGUACAUUAUGCGACUCUCAAAGAAAUAGUUUCAGCCUUAUUAUGCCUACCCCACUCCAGUGCAACAGUAGAAAGAAUAUUUUCUUCAAUUAAUUUGAUAAAAACGAAAACUCGCAACCAUUUAGGUACAGACACUAUGGAAGGAUUACUCUUGACCAAACAAUUAUUAAAAAACGAGCCAUGUUUCAAGCUAAAUGUUAGUAAAAAUAUGAUUAGUAAAAUGAAUAAAAGAAUGUAUCAACAAUAA